UGUCAAAUGAACUUAAUUGUUUUGGACAUUUUUACCUACGUUUUUUUAUACUUCAAAUGUGAUUUUUAUUCAAUUUUCAAUUAGAUUAUACCAAAUUAUUGAUUCUAGUCCAAUGAGAAUGAAUAUCAUGCAGUUCACAAAGAGGUUUGAGUAGACGUUGUUGUGGAUACAUUAUACUCAGGUGUUAGAUCAAAAUAAUCUCAAUCGAUCUAUCAAACCAAUCAAAUCAUCCAUAGUUCGGCCUUUUGAAUAAGAAAAGAGUUCCACGACAACAAGAAACAACGAAAAGAUUAUGUUGUGAUAAACAUUUUCAUUCAAAAUUAGGCAGAAAACAUACCUAAUCAAAUCAUCUACAUUCAAGAGUUUCAGAAUACGAAAGGAAUUAUAAGAUCUAACCGGAAAAAGUGGAUUACAAAGUCUUACUCUAGAAUAUCAUAACUAAAGAAUUUUUAUGAAGAAUAAGUAAUACCUUGUUUUAGGGAGAUAAGUUCAUAUCCAUUUUUUUAAUUCGAUUAUUUUCCAGGUUUGCUUAGCAAAGAACGAAUCUUGGAUGCAUUAGCUAAAAGAGAAAUUUUGCAAGGUUGGCAAAUUGAUCGAUAGCCUGGCAAAAGAACUAAUGAACACACAUAAUUAACCUUCCCUGACCCAUAAAUCGGAGAAGAGGAUAACACUUACAAACUAGUUGAAUCAAAAUGAAAGAAAAAUAGUUGUCUUAAUCUGCCACAAACUAUUUAUCUAAAUUUAAUUGACAUUCAAACCUCUAUGAUUAUUUCUAAAUAUGGGAAACCCUACACAAUUUAUUUUUGGUUCUAAGGAUAGUUUUCCCCAAACUAGUCGGACUUUAUUUGAUUACGAAUGAGAGAUUGAUCACUAACUCCAUCCAAUCUUCUUAUCUUCACAAAAAUUCCAACUCUUUAAUGCUUCGUUUUGGUUUGAACUGUGUAUAAGAACGAACUUAAUUUAAUUGCUCAUUUUUAGUCGGGUCUUUGUUACACUCGUUUCAAACUAAUUGAACUUGAUUUUGUCGGAAAUCAGUAACUUCGUCCAAAACAAGUUUAAAUUGGCAACCAUCAACGAAAACAUCAACAAUAAAAACUUAAAUACGCCGGCGGCCGUCGUUUCCAAUUGAUGAGUUGGUUGGGCCGACGCAUAUAUAGUACAAUAUAUGUAGUGUUAUACCAUGAUAAGUCAUCAACAAAUUUAGAGGAAGAGGUUACAUUUACACAUGAUUUCUUUUGGUUGUGCUCUUUGAAUAGCAAACAGUUCAAACUCCAACAUGUAACAACGUGCUCACACGUAAUGGAGGUCGUUGGAUCGAAUAGUGGACUAAUCUUCACAAUUGUUUGUGAAAGAUUGAGCGCUCGAUCCAACGACUUUCUUCUGUAAUCGUAUUCCGAAAGAUGAACGGUAAGCAUCAUAAUCGAGUUGACCUUAUCUAUCAUGACAUGUAAUUUACUAAUCGAAGAAAAGUCAAUUAUUGAGAGACAAGUUUGCAGUGGGUAGCAUGGAGGUUACUGGAUAUGAAUUGUGGCCUACAAAGUACAAACUUAGGCGAUACAGUCCAAGCAAAAGGACGAUAACAUAGGACCUACAAAUUGACUACCAUCAGCAAUGUGCACUAGCUACAGUCCACUAAUCAACAAAUUAAUUUACAAAUUACAGGGAAGAGAACCAUUUCAGCCUCCCAAUCCCCCAACCCAACAAAACAAAAGCUUCAUUCAACCAUUUCCAUGGCUGCCACACCACUCUUUCUUAUACUCCUCCUCUUCAAUUUCCCACCCGGUUCCCAUACCCAAACCCAAAACGCCACCGCAUCACCACGACCACAACUCACAGAAGCUACAAUCGACACCAUCCAACUCGCUUUCAAGCACAGCACCCUCACUUCCAAGCAACUGGUUCAAUUCUACAUCGACCGGAUCCACGAGCACAACCACCUCCUCCGAGCCGUCAUUGAGGUGAACCCCGACGCUCUCUCUCUGGCCGAGAUGGCAGACAGAGAGCGUCGGGCCAGGGUCCCCGGCUCAGGAGCCGGGCUACAUGGCAUCCCUGUCCUGCUCAAGGACAACAUCGCAACUAAAGACAAGCUGAACACAACAGCCGGCUCUUUCGCACUCCUUGGCUCGAGCGUCCCCCGAGACGCCGGCGUAGCCAAGAAGUUGAGGGCAGCUGGCGCUGUCAUAUUGGGGAAAGCUAGUCUGAGUGAAUGGUCCAAUUUCAGAUCCAGCUCUGCCCCUAACGGGUUCUGUGGCAGAACCGGCACUGGAAAGAAUCCUUAUGUUCUUUCAGCUGAUCCAUGUGGAUCAAGCAGCGGGCCGGGGAUAUCAGUGGCAGCUAACUUGGUAACCGUGGCAAUAGGUUCAGAAACUGAUGGCUCCAUCUUGUGUCCUUCAAGUGCUAACUCAGUGGUUGGAAUCAAGCCAACAGUUGGUCUCACGAGCAGGGCAGGGGUCAUACCAAUUUCCCCUAGGCAGGACUCAAUUGGGCCAAUGUGUAGGACAGUAGCAGAUGCUGUCUACGUUCUGGACGCGAUUGCAGGGUUCGAUCCCAACGACGACCCUGCAACCAGAGCCGCCGCGAGGUACAUCCCUCGCGGCGGCGGCUACAAGCAGUUUCUCAAGCCGGACGGCUUGAGAGAGAAGCGGCUGGGGGUGGUCAGGAAUCCGUUCUUCCAGUUUGGUGGUGAUGAGGUUGUGGCAGCUGUAUUUAAGAACCAUCUGCAGACCCUAAGAAAGGAAGGUGCGGUUCUGGUAGACCCUGUGGAGAUUAGCAACAUCACAGAGAUAUUGAGCUCCUCUUAUGAAAUGGAUGCACUACUGGCGGAGUUCAAACCAGCCUUGAACUCGUACCUAAAACACUUGGUGUCAUCCAAGGUUCGAACCCUAGCUGAUGUCAUUGCCUUCAACAACAAGUUCCCCAAACUAGAGAAGACCAGAGAAUAUGGGCAAGACAUCCUGGAGACGUCGCAAAGGUUGAACGAGACGAAUCGAAAGGCGGUGAGAGAAGCACUGUUCAAACUGAAGCAAUUUUCUGAGAAUGGGAUUGAGAAGGUGAUGAAGGAGCAGAAACUGGACGCCUUGGUGGCGGGUAGUUCGAGUUUCAGCGUAGUUCUUGCCAUUGGAGGAUUCCCAGGGAUGAGUGUCCCAGCUGGGUAUGACGGCGGAGGAGUGCCCUUGGGGAUUUUCUUUGGUGGGCUAAUGGGCUCAGAGCCCAAGCUUAUUGAAAUCGGGUAUGGGUUCGAGCAAGCUACAAAGGUUAGGAAGCCACCUUCUUUCAAACCUUGAGAACAGAGGCGUUUCCCAUAACUUGGCCCAGGCCCAGGCCCAACUCUCUUUAUUACCUCUUGACAUUUAGUUGCAAUAAUCGGAAAUUUUAUUCCAUGAAUGAUACAAAUUAUUUUUUUACUCGAAUAGAAGAGCUCUUAUUAGUUGACUAAAUAAAAAAAGACCUUAAUAGAGUUAAUACUAUCCACUCAAAUCAAGCUCCAUUGACCUUUCCAUUUUAUACAGCUUUUAUUUUCGUUUUGUAAUAUACAAUGAAUUCAACUCUUCAAGAGUCCUUUAUCAUUAGAGAUAUUAAUUUCGAAUUGACCCGUUUUAUUCGACAUGUUUGACUUCUUAAGGUUGAUAACAUAUGCUCGUAUUCGAGCAGCGGAGUAAUCUCCUUGAUUUGACACGCCUCAUUUCGAGAAUCGUUUUUGUCUAAAUAAUAUGUAUAUUUACUAAAAUUACCUAAAGUUGUACUUAUACUACCUCAUAUUUUUAGCGACAAUAAAGUUGAACGUAUGCG